GGAUACCUUGUGCUGCUGCCUCUCUCCUCGGACCAAUAGACGUACAUUUUUCAGGGCGAUGUGAGAGGCUAAUUGAGGUUGAGAAGGAAAUACCUUUGAUGGAAUCGCCAGGAACACGAGCGUCCUUUUGAGCAACGAUGAUGCGGACGGAGUAAAGAAACAUUACGGCCGACUGGCCGAGUGACUGCGCCGCAGUGGAAGCGUGACAGCCACGGACAGGACGGAAGCGCGUCUUAGGGCCUUGGCAAAAUCAGGCAUCAACCGAGAUACUCAAAGUGCCAUCAGUGAUCAUCAGGAGGACAACUCACCCAACUCACCCAAAUCCUCCCUCUUCGACUCACUCCCUCACUCCCUCUCUCAAUUCCACCACAUCUCAAUCCGACCAACUCGGCUCGAUUCGCAGAGACACCUGAAUAGUCGCCACGCUGGCCUCAGGUGUUUCUCUCAAUCCACAGCCGCAACUUCUCAACCUCACUUCACCCUCACCCUUCCACUAUAACGCCCCGUUGAACGAGUUGCACCGUUGUUCGUUAUCUAUCGAACACCUGUGUACUUGGCCCUUCACUGCCAGUCGGCCUACCCACUUCCUGCCAUCACCAGGGAUAGCCUCUCGACCCCGCGGCACAGCCCUUCGCCAUCCGUCUAAUCCCGCCACCAUCGAUCCGACCUACAAGCCUGCCUCAACAUAUCGGUACCAUCCCUUCCACGUCUGCGCUCGGGCGAGCGAGAAAGAAAUCUGGAAGCCAUACCAUUACAUUACCAACGGACCGCUCUAUACCGGAUCCAAGAGACGCAAAGACCCAUUUGUGAGUACAGUCGACACCUGGUUUAUAGACCUUAGAUCUUCGGUUUCAUAUCUAUUGGUACGGGUGAGUCAUAAGCCACGGGGAACUGCUCAGAGUCAACCAAUAGACCGCGUGCUAAGUUCCAAGCUAGCACCUUGCGUGUCAUCUGCAUCUUCCCCGGCUGGUUCGAGACUUCAUAUACCAACCAUGGCCUCCAUGACCAUGCCACCUCCUCCAACUCCCUUUGCUCAUCGCCGGACCCAUCGACUCAUCACCAAGAAUCUUCCUCCGUCACCGCCUGCAUCGCCAGAGUCAUCAGCAUGCGUUCUUAGUAAGAUGUCCCUGUCCAAGGGCGCUACCUUCCACUGCUCAUCUUCUCCUUCAAAGGAGGAUGACCCAGUUUUGAGCAUCCCUCAUCUGACUCGUCGCUCUCCGACAUGCUCUCAGUCCAUGUUGACUAGUUGGCUAUCCGAGAAAGAGGACGUAGCCAAGUCUCUCGCCGACUUUGAGCAGACCUUUUCUGGCGCACGUGGAAAACGAACCGCAGGUAGACGACGUUCUGCCCAGAACUUCGAACAAGUCUGGGUCCGUCGUGCCGCUCUACCAUCAGACGAAGGCUUGGGCUCCUCCAUCAGCCCCGCCAGUGACAAAAAUUUGGCCCAGUCGUUUCAUAGGGCUUUGGAUUUGUUGUCGAACAAGGAUAGUGCGUUGGGGUCUUCCAUCAAGAGCGACUCAGUUGGAAGAGUGGUGGUGGGAAACACCUCUGAAGAAGACGGUCUUGUUCAAGACUUGAUUCAAGGUUGGAUUGCCCGCUGUGUUGUGAUGUGUGAAGACGUUGUUAACCGAACUGCCGCAGAAGCUGACUCUUCAGACCUGACAUCUCGCCGCCUCAGGCAACGAGCCAGUCACCCCUCAACUAGGUCGUCAAGCACUAUUGCUCCCUCGGCCGUCACAGAAAGCAUCGCUCCCCGACCCUCCAGACCUACCCUUCGUCAUCCACCUCUUAGUCGCUCGGCACGGAACAAGCUCAAGGAAUAUAUAAUCUCGCCCAUUCUCGAAGAGGCACGAUUUCAGAACCUUCAUCCUUUUGUUACCGCCCUUGACUCCAAGACCAACAAGAGCAUCAGAUGCUUGCGUGAUCUUGAACAAAGCCUCAUCUUCCAGCCCUUGACAUUUGCCAUCUCGAGGCAUCUGUAUCGCGCCUUCGGCGAGUUUACUAUCCAGCUCGUCGUCGACGCUUAUCAACAUCUUUCCGAAUCGGAACAACGACGUGCCGCUGAUCGCCCUUACGACAACGGCUACUUCCUUGACUUGGUCCAACAAGUCCAUCGGCUAGCUUCUCACAUUGGUUCUUCUGGUCGCGCUCAGCAGGCCGGUACUGCUGAAGAGGACGACGAGAUGGCUUACUCUAUCGAUGACGAGGUCACCCUAGAAGGUGGCCUCGGUGAAACUGGGAAUCAGGCAGAGCUUGUCCGCUGGAAGAACGGCAACGGCUUUUCUCUUCGGACUGGCCUUCCGUACGAGCCUACACCAGGCAUCAAGAGACAGAGCAGUGGUGCUCUCGAUGAGGAUGUCGCUCGCUCCAUGGCCCGCAGAAAGAAGGGCUACAUUCCCGAAUAUGUCGAGAUGAAGUGCUCUGACCCAUCAUGCGACAAGGUCUUCACCAGAAAAUGUGACCUUGCCAAACACGAAAAAACACAUUCUCGGCCGUUCAAGUGUCCUGAGGAGGGUUGCAAAUAUCAUGAACUUGGCCUGCCUACAGAGAAGGAGCGCGAACGUCACUUCAAUGACAAGCACUCCAAAGACCCCCAGUUUUACAAGUGCGAUUACUGUGAAUUCCGCACCAAGCGUGAGAGCAAUUGCAAGCAGCACAUGGAGAAGAAACAUGGCUGGCACUACGAACGUGCCAAGGGAAAAGACAAGGCGCCUGCUGGUUCAACCAGAAUGACACCAGCACAAACCCCUCAAACUCCAAGCAUCGACUUCUCUGCUAGCCCUGCCAUCUCCACAAGCCACCACAGCAACUGGGACGAUGCAAGCUCUAUUGCAGGAAGUAUUGGAGGCAGUAUUGCAGGCAGUGCUGCAUUGACACCCUACGAGCAGCCACUCAGCAAUUUCGACUCUUUCAACCCAGCUCCUGUGAGUUACUCGAACCCCAUCUUCCCAAGAACCACGCCCGCCAUGUUGUACAACCAAAUGGCCGAUGAUUUUGAUUUCAACGCCAUUCCGUUCAAUCAGAAUUAUCAACCUGCUCAGGCAUACGUGUCUCCAAUCACCACGUCGUCCAUGAGCGCUCACAAUAUGAUGGGCACCCCAAUCACACCAGCCUACAGCAAUAUCACCGAGCCAUCACCUUACGACACUUUAAUGGAUGUCACUAUGGAUUGCACCAACCCGACUGUCUGGAACGAAGGCCUGCCCACUCCAAGCUCCUUCCUACAACCACAGUCUCGCAAUCCCUCCAUUUCCGAGCACUCUCCCAUGAUUGCCGGUCCCUCCGGCCACACCUUCGACAAGGCUUCCAUGAUGGGUCAAGACAUGGAGUUCCCUUCUGGAGACUUCUCGUUGUUUGGCGGUGAAGGCAGCAACGCCUUCUCAAACCCAGCUGCUGCCAGUGCAACCCUCUUCCCUGGUGGCCCGGAGGCCUUUGCUACUCUUGACAAUGAUCCUAUGUUCAGCGAGGCGUUCAACGAUGACGACCUUUUCGACUGGGACAUGACCAACUGAAAUUUGCUCAAUGCGCAACAGGAGUAUGAGGCGGAGGAAGACAUGAGCGGUGAAGAGUCCCGCUGCAUUGUAUAAUCUGGUUGGUGUUUAUGGACAGUUGGUUGUACGGUUUCUUUUCACUACUCCACCCGUCUGAAAAAAACACCAAAAAAAGAUGGAGGUGUCGAGACAAAGGUGAAGCAGAGAUGCACUUAGCGAUGAUGUGACGAACGUUCUUAUUGACUCUCAUACUUUCAAGAUGGACCCGCGGAAGACUGGAAUUCAGAUUGACACAUGAGACUGGCCAAUAUUUCAUGCAGGCUGGAGACACGGAGUCUGGUACCAGUAGAGGUGUUUACGCAGACCGAUUCCAUCAGGUCUGCCUUUCCCUUCUCCUCUUUAUCGUGGUUGACCACACAACGUCCCGGGCGACGGGAAAAUGAGACUGGAAAUUGCAUUGGGCAUGACACAGAUACAAAUACAAAACCACAUCUCUCCAAUCGACUUUGGCCUUUCCAAGUAUCUGGUCUUCGAGUCUUCUUCCACCCUGCCUGGUUCCUUCUAUCUAAUUCUGCAAUUGCCGAGACCGUCGAAUUAGACGAGCUCGCUGUAGGAGUCAUCGCUGUUUGCUUGACUCCCAGUACGAUCGUGUAUGAUGCUCUCUUUCUACCAUCAGAGACACCUGUGGUUCCCCUUCCCGUUGCCUUUCCGGUUGCUUUCCCUGUGGCUCGAGUUAGUGGUUUUAGCUAGCGACACGAAAGAAAGCCAUGCAACAAACACGAACGUAACGAUGGACAAAGUUAGAAACUGUCUGAUUCAUCAUGCUCA